AUCAAUCCUGGGCAAAUCCAGGUAUCUGUCGAAAAUCCUUGUUCGGCGUAACUAUCAUCACUCGGAUGUAAGCAUACAUUCUGGUUUACCGUCUCGGCGAUUAUAUCCAUUUCUUUCAUGGGUGACAAAUCCAGCACCCUACCUUGCUAUGUAUGGUACUGUGGAAGGCCUCGUCGUUUGUGGUUUGCAUGCCCGCCUAGGUAAGUAGCUUGUACACUGCUUAGCACCCACAUCAAACAAAACGGGUGAAUUGUCGCAGUAUACUUGUGCUCUAUAAGGAAAUAUGACAAUUUUGAACUCAAAAUUCGUGUACGAAAUGCGACAUUUUUCAAAUCAAACUUGGUAUUCCUGAUCCAUAGGGACAUGGCAUGGCACCCUCAGGGGUAUGCAGCCCUCCCAGGCUCCGUCGACUCUGGAACCCACCGGUGAGUAUGUGCCAGUACCUACCUACACACAUUCCUGUCUUGUAAACGUUUGAACAAAGUAUAUAAAGUGCACACGGAUGCUAGUUCACUGUGUGGCACCCGUUGUCUUGCUGAUCGAUUCACAUUGCACACCACCAAAUUGGAAGCACUUGGAACGUCCAAAGUUCACGCCAGAUUUAUCCUGACUACAAUAUAAUAUAUAUCCAAAUCCCCCAAGACAACUCCAGAAAAGGCCUCCAAAAUGAUUGCAAAUGGCAACGCUACCAAACUGCCCGAGGUCAAGCACACGCAGAUGCUGAUCAAUGGCAAGUUUGUCAACGCCUCAGACAACAAAACCUUUGAGGUUGUGAACCCAAACACAAAGCAAAAAAUUGCCGAUAUCCCGGAAGCAACUGAGGAUGAUGCCAACGCCGCCGUUGCUGCUGCCAAGGCCGCAUUCCCAGAGUGGUCCAACACCGACCCCGAAGUUCGUGGCAGCUAUCUCAAAAAACUCGGCGCGUUGAUGCGAGAGCACCAUUCAGAGAUCUCCCAGCUCGAGAGUGUCUCCAUGGGCCGUCCGACUUCGCUUGGAUUUGAUACUAUCAUGGCAGCCAGAAUGUGUGAGCAGUUUGGGGAAGCUUGGCCUCAUAUUCAGGGCCACUCUUCUUUGAACACUCCAGGCUUUAUCGGAAUGACUCUGCGCCAACCAUACGGUGUGGCUGCUAUAAUCAUUCCCUGGAACGCACCCCUCUUGUUCAUUGGCAUGAAGUGCGCCGCCGCCCUGAUAGCCGGCAACACAGUCGUACUCAAGUCAAGCGAGAAGGGUCCGCUGGGCGUGGCGCGCGUCGCCGAUCUGAUCCAACAGGCCGGGUUCCCCCCGGGAGUGUUCAACGUCAUCUCGGGCCACGGUAUGCCGUCGGGCUCCGUGCUGGCCCACCACAUGGACGUGCGCGUCAUCUCCUUCACGGGGUCCACCGCCACCGGCAAGCUGAUCCAGCAGGCGGCCGCCAAGUCCAACCUGAAAAUGGUCAGCCUCGAGCUCGGCGGCAAGUCGCCAUCCAUCAUCUUUGCCGACGCCCCGAGCCUCGAAAAGGCCGCCGAGGCCACCGCCCAGGCCAUCCAGAUCAACAGUGGCCAGAUGUGCAUCGCCAACUCCCGCUUGUACGUCGAAAAAUCCAUCGCCGCCGAGUUCAUCGAGAUCUUCAAGAAGAAGUUCUCUGCCGUCUCGGCAGGCGACGCCCUCCGCGCCGAUGUCAACCACGGGCCGCAGGUCGACGUGAUCCAGUUCGACAAGGUCAUGGACUACAUCGCGGAGGGCAAGAAGACGGGCAAUCUGGUGAUGGGCGGCGGCCACAUCGAGGGCACCGACGGUUUCUUCGUCCAGCCGACUGUCUUCCUCGACCAGCCCGAGGAUGCACGCGUCAUGAAGGAGGAGAUUUUCGGUCCCGUCGUCAACAUCAACACGUUCGAGACGGAGCACGAGGCCAUCCAAAAGGCCAACGACACCGAGUUUGGUCUCUACGCCUCCGUCUUCACGCGCGAUAUCUCCAAGGCAAUGCGCGUCGCCAAGGCGCUCGAGAGUGGAUCUGUAGGAGUGAAUUGCAGCUCGACCUCGAACGGUAGAGACAUGCCUUUCGGUGGCUACAAGCAGUCUGGGCAAGGUCGUGAGGGCAUCUUUUACAGCUUGGAGCAUUUCUUGGAGCAGAAAGCUGUCCUGAUCAAGGUGGAUGAGAGUUUCUGAGGUCCCUGCAAGGCUGGCUUUUAAUUCUUGGCUGCCUGCUGUUGAACAUGGUUUAUUCCUAUAUACAGUCUCUUGUUUGUUUAGUCUAUAUACCUAUUUACCCAGCUCACUUACACGUAAAGCAGCCAUUAUCCAGUCAUGGUCUCCUUCCUCUUGGCAAAAACCUCACCGAAAACAUCUUCAGCAUGCUUCUCUGCGUCAUGCUUGUGCACCCAAUCCUCCCGCGGGAACGCGAUGCUCUUGGGGUCCUGCUUUACCUUUUCCCAGUCCGUCUUGUGCCACAUAUCCCUGGUCGUCUCGCCCGUCUUCUGCACCGCCUUUACGCGCUCGUAGCGAAUAUCCUGGUGUGUCCACAGCGCCGCGGGUAUUUCUCCCUUGCCCGCCCUCCGCAGGCACACGGCCAGCGUGACGCCGUCCUCCAUGGCCUGGGUGGCGCCCUGCGCGCUCGUGGGCAGGAAGGGGUGAGCCGAGUCCCCCAGCAGUACGAUGCGGCCCGCGUCGCUCACCCAGCGCGGCAGCGGGUCGCGGUACACGAGCUUCCAGUCCACGACGCUCGGCGUCUUGUCCACGAUGGCCGUGCACACCGGGUCCCAGCCCCGCAGGAGCGCCUUGACCUCGUCCAGGUCGCCGGGGAACGACCACGACUCGUCAAUGUCGUGCUCGUCCUUGUGUGUGAGCACCCAGGAGCAGUUGGUGCCGUUCUUGAUGGUUGAUGUCAGGAAGUGCACGUCGGGUCCGAUCCAGCCGUUGAACGUGUCGCCGUUUUCGCAAAACUCGCGCGUUAGUGGGUCUUUUAAAAGUUCAGUGGUCGGGAACCACGCACGCCAGACGGCAUAGCCACUACUCUUUGGCUUGUCAAUAUAGCCCAGCACGAGUUCUCUAGCCUUGGAUCUAACACCAUCCGCACCUACGACAACGUCACCAUGCACCUUCUCACCACUCCUGAGCACGAUCCCGGCCUUAUCCUCCUCCUCAAAGUACUGCUCCACAUUCUGCCCAAGGUGGAUAGGGAUCCCCAGCUCAUCCCUCGCAUAGUCAAAGACGACCUGGUGCAGCUCACCCCGGUGCCCAUUGAAGACAGGCGCGUCGGCCACGAGGGGCGGCGACGGCUGGUGCAGCACCACCUCGCCCGUGUCCCACUUGUGGAUGCGGAAGCCGUAGUUUUGCAGGUUGAUGCUGAGUUCGCGCAUCCUCUGCGCGAUGCGACCGGGCCGGGACGGAUCCGAGGGCAGCGUCCAGCGGUGGAAUAUGCGGCCGGCGUUUUGGCCAAAGGAUAUGAUGUCGCCCAGCGACUUGAGCUCAGCGAAGCUCUCGUACAUCUCAACUUCGUGACCUUGCCGCUUGCAUUCGAUCGCCGCCGUCAGGCCGCCGAAGCCCGCCCCUACGAUGAUCACCUUGAUUCCGGUCUUGGGCCUGGUUUCCAUCUUGGUCCAUGUAACUGUGACGUAUCGAUGUGAUUGAGUCGUGCAAAAGUCUUUGCAAAACCACGGGCGCGCAAAGGAAAAAAAAAAAAAAAAAAACCCUCACGCCCCUUAAAAU